AGGAGGGGCAGGCAGGGGGCGGAGACGAGCCUGAGUCGGGGGUCCGUGGAGGUACCUGGGGGCUGAGGCUGCACACGCCCAGGUGACCUUGCUUGCAGCAGGCAUGUCAGAGGAUGAGGCGGCUCAGGCCCGCAGACCCAGCUUGUGGGAGCAGGACCAGCAGAGCGCAGUGCAGCGAGUUGUGGCCCUGCCCCUGGUCCGGGCCACAUGCACUGCCGUCUCCGGUGCGUAUAGCGCAGCCAAGGAUAGGCACCCGCUACUGGGCUCUGCCUGCCGCCUGGCCGAGCACUGCGUGUGCAGCCUCACCACCAGCGCUCUGGACCACGCCCAACCGCUGCUCAGCCACCUGCAACCUCAGCUGGCUACAGUGAAUGAUCUUGCCUGCAGGGGCCUAGACAAGCUGGAGGAGAAGCUACCCUUUCUCCAGCAGCCUUCCGACAGGGUGGUAACCUCAGCCAAGGAUGCAGUGGCCAGCAGUAUGACCGGCGUGGUGGGCCUGGCACGGCAGAGCCGGCGCUGGAGUGUGGAGCUAAAGCGCUCCAUGAGCCACGCUGUGGACGUUGUGCUGGGCAAGUCGGAGGAGCUGGUGGACCACUUCCUGCCCAUGACCGAGGAGGAGCUUGCGGCGCUGGCAGCGGAGGCUGAAGGCCCAGAAGUGGGCUCAGUGGAAGAGCAGAGGAGACAUCAGGGCUACUUUGUGCGCCUGGGCUCCCUGUCAGCACGGCUCCGCCACCUGGCAUAUGAGCACUCUCUCGGGAAACUGAGGCAGAAGAAACACCACGCCCAGAACACACUGGCCCAGCUGCAGGAGACACUGGAGCUGAUUGACCUUGUGCGGUGUGGGGUGACGCCCACCGCCCCAGCCAGCCCUGGGAAAGUGCACGAGCUGUGGGGGGACUGGAGCCUCGGUGCCCUGGAGAACGGCCGCCGACGCAGCCAGGCGGAGCUGGAAACACUGGUACUAUCCCGAAGUCUGAUGCAGGAGCUACAGAGCUCAGUGGACGCACUGGAGAGCAGCGUGCGGGGCCUGCCCCGGGGCGCCCAGGAUAAGGUGUCCGAGGUCCGGCGCAGCGUGGAUGCCCUGCAGGCCGCCUUCGCCGACGCGCGCUGCUUUGGGGACGUGCCCGCAGCGGCGUUGGCUGAGGGACGGGGCAGAGUGGCUCGGGCCCACGCCUGCGUGGACGAGCUGCUAGAGCUGGUGGUGCAGGCCGUGCCACUGCCCUGGCUCGUGGGGCCCUUCUCGCCUGUUCUGCUAGAGCGGUCGGAGCCCCCACCAGACCUGGAAAACCUAGUGGACGAGGUCGUGGGGACCCCUGACCCUCGCUGGGCGCACCUGGACUGGCCAGCCCAGCAGAGAGCCUGGCAGGCCCAGCACAGGGAUGGGACAGGUUUCCCAGAGGACAUUCCAGAGGAGGAGCCUGAGCCCCCCAGCCGUCCCAAGCACACGCUGAUGCCAGAGCUGGACUUCUAACCGGACUGGGCCUUGCAACCAGAGGCAGAAGGAGACUGUCUCUACACCUCAUCUUGCUGCCCCCUAGUGGCCAUGUGGAAGCACUAACACCGAAUGCCUUAACCUUGGCCCAGGCACGGAUUGGGGGGCUUCCGGGCGGAAUUGUGAAUCUAGGCCAGCUUCACUGAUACCAGAUCCUCCCCAGUACAUCCCUUGGACAUAUGGGGACAUGAACCUAAUCCAGUCUGACUAGUCCUCAGCUGGGUUCAUCUCUGUGGUCACCUGUUUCCUUACCCCAAGAAGCCAAUCAAACCUCCUUGGAGAAACACACAUUUUGCCCAAUGGCUUCUAUUUGGGGCUUUGAAAAGUGAGCACUCCCCUGCUCCCCCAGCUUGCACAUCCUGGACUGAGGGGCCCCCAGAGAUGCUGGGUUGCACCAGCUGGGCCUGCCAGACCCACCUGCUUUGCUGUUUGGGGCAUGCUCUCCAGAAUAAAGGUGCUUCAUGCUGCCCAGA